AUGCACACGCUGUGGCGGCGCUCGGGACGCGGCUGGCGGCGCGCGAGUCGCGCCUGCACGUCAUUGGCUACGGCUCUAGAGCCGCCACGGUUUGUCGACGACCACUGUCGUCUGCGGAUUGCGCUGGUGGGACGUACGAAUGUGGGCAAGAGCACGCUGUUCAACCGCUUGACCAAGACGCGGUCAGCGAUCGUCCAUAAUGUACCAGGGACGACUCGAGACCGUCGGUACGCGCGUUCGGGAGUCGCUGGACUGGAUUUGGACGUCGUGGAUACUGGAGGACUGGAAGACGCGCCGUCAGGGACGCUGGAGGAAGGGAUGCUCGAGCAGACGCGACGUGCAGUGCACGAGGCUGAUCUUGUCUUUUUCCUGGUUGAUGGACGGCAGGGGGUUACGCCUGUGGAUACGCACUUUGCGCGGUGGUUACGGCGAGAAAACGUGGACGCUCCGGUUCAUUUGGUCGCGAAUAAGCUCGAGGGAGACGUGGACCGGUGGGAGGCUGAACUGAAUGAGUGUUACCAGUUGGGCAUGGGCGGAGCGAUCCCGUUGUCGGCCGAGCAUGGAGAAGGGAUCCCUUUACUGCUGGACGAGAUCAUUCCCGUGUAUGAUGAGUUCCAGAAGAAGAGGAAGCAGGAGGUGAAUGUCAAGGAGGAGGAGGAUCGAGAAGAGAAAGAGGACGAUGAUCCGCGGACGAUCAAGCUGGCGAUUGUUGGUCGCCCGAAUGUCGGCAAGUCGACGUUGCUCAACAAGAUUGUGCGCAACGAUCGCGUUCUCACUGGUCCCGAGCCCGGAGUGACGCGUGAUUCGGUCGAAGUGCCAUGGACCUUUCACGGGCGUCCCAUUAAGCUCGUGGACACGGCCGGUAUUCGGCGGUAUAGUAAGCGUGACCACGAUGACCAGAUUGAGAACCUGUCAGUGCGUGACGCUUUCCGUGCAAUCGACUCGGCUCAGGUCGUGGUCGUUGUCGUGGAUAUGAGCGAGCCCAAGCUUAUUCACAUGGACUUGACCAUUGCACAGCGUGUGAUUGAAGAGGGACGUGCGUUGGUGCUAGCGGCCAACAAGAGCGACCUAGCAGGCGCUGGCAUCGAGUUCGAGAUGCAACGUAUCCAGAACGAGUUGCAGGAAUCGCUUGCACAAGUGCGCGGUGUGCCUGUGGUGCCCAUCUCUGCGCUCACAGGCAGUGGAAUCAAGAAACUAGUGCCGGAGGUGCUGAAGGCGUACGAGAGAUGGGACCUUCGCGUGACCACAGGCCGCUUGAACCGAUGGCUCAAGGCCAUGGGACGACACCACCCGCCUCCAACGGUCAAGGGCAAGACGCUGAACAUCAAGUACGCGACUCAAGUGAAGUCUCGACCGCCUACUUUUGCAGUGUUUGUGAGCAAGCCGUCCGAAGUGCCUGAAUCGUAUCAGCGGUUCUUGCUGAGCCAACUGCGCGAGGAGUUUGACAUGGUGGGGGUGCCUGCUCGACUGCUGCUACGUGGCAACAAGGAGAACCCGUUUGAGAAGCGCAAAAAGUUCCAGCAACGUACCAGCAGCGUCAUGUAUGGCAAGCAACGCCAUGAUCGGAAAGCUGCUACUGAAUCGACGUCUACGACAUCGUCACAGUCGAAAAGCAGCAAGAAGUCUGCUUUGACCAGGAAGCAAAAGACCGGACACUUUGUACCUCGUCGUUUCAAGGCCAAGAAGUAA